CACACACAGCUGCUCAGCGGGGGCAAUGAAAUAAACAGAACGUCGUCAUUCGGUGCCAAACACAGCGGGCGGUACGGGCGAGGUGUCGCAAUUCAGACCAUCAUGCCCUUUGCUCUGGCAACAGGACAGGAAGUGUGUGUGUGAGCGUCCCUGGUUGGCUCUGCUGGGAUGAACAUGCCACUGCACCAGAUCUCUGUCAUCCCCCGUGAUGUGACCUCAUCGCGGGUGUCAGGCAGCGGGAAAGCUAAGGACAAGGACAAGCAGAAUGAGAAGCCUCUGGGUCAUUCAGCAAGCAGGUCCAGCAAUAUAUCAAAGGCGGGGAGCCCGACUUCCGUCAACGCUCCAUGCAGUUUCUCGAGGACAUCAGUAUCCCCCUCCAGCCAGGACAUCUGCAGCAGUCAGCAUCAGGACUGUCAGAAGCAGACUGCAGUGGUUCUGUUGAAUUCUAAUGGUAAAACCCGUCAAGGCUCAGGAGGUAUUUCAGUGACCACCUUCUGCACAGACGCCCCACCAGCCUCCAAACACACUAAACAACGAGACUGGCUCUCUCUGCUCCGCCCAUCCUCCGUCAACAUCCAACCUAACGGCUCGCUCAGGUUUUCUGUGUCUCUGAAUGACGUGGGCCAGCGCGUGGACAGUCUCUGUCGUGGCCUGCACUUCAUAGAUCGCACCUGCUCCGAGGGAGAGCUGGAGCUGAAGCCUGAGCCUGCUCAGCCGCCCUGCUUGGAUCGAAGGGCGCACACACUCAAUGGCAAGCUGGCUGCGGCUACAGCACCCGCACACCAGCACCCAAAUCCAACCUUCUCAACACGCACCCACCCCCACCUCGUCCCAUCCUUCACCAACAACUAUAAGUACAUGUUGAGCGUUCCUCCCGCCAAUUGUUUUCCAUCUGACCCUUCUGUCAUUGCCCCUCCUCCUCCUCUUUCCAACACCCACCUCCACCAACAUCCCUCCCCAAGCGCCAAUUUCCUCCGUCUCCUCCUCCCCUUCUCUCGAUCCUCUACCUCGGCCAGCCUGCAGUGCUCUGAGCUGGGCAGCUAUGCCUCUCACCUCCACAUCACCAAGUCCUCUAGUGCCCUGCUGGAAGGCAGCGAGUCAGGGUUCCCCCCUGAGGAUCUACUGGGAGAUGAUGACGUGUUUGAGGAGGACCGGUCCAGUCCAGCCACAAAGGGAACGGGCCAGCUGGCAACCCCAGAUACAGUCACCGUGGUUGGGCCAGGCGCUCUUCUAGCCCCCCUGUGCUAUAUGGAUGAGGACAGCGACUUGGACUGCUGCCCAUCCCCUUUGUCAGAGAAAACUGGGCCACUGUCACCCUAUUCGCUAUCUGGGGACUGCUGCAGGAUUUGUCACUGUGAAGGGGAUGACGAGAGUCCUCUGAUCACACCAUGCCACUGCACGGGGAGCCUGCGGUUUGUCCACCAGGCCUGUCUACAGCAGUGGAUCAAGAGCUCUGACACUCGCUGCUGUGAGCUCUGUAAAUAUGAGUUCAUCAUGGAGACCAAGCUCAAACCGCUGCGCAAGUGGGAGAAACUACAGAUGACGGCGAGCGAGAGAAGGAAGAUCAUGUGCUCGGUCACCUUCCACGUCAUCGCCAUCACCUGCGUGGUGUGGUCGCUCUACGUUCUCAUCGACAGAACGGCGGAUGAAAUCAGACAAGCCGGAAGAAUCCCAGGUAAACAUUUCAAGCUGCACGUUUCUUUUAUGUCUGUUCUCUGUACCUCAGGGAUCCUGGAAUGGCCUUUCUGGACCAAGCUGGUGGUCGUGGCCAUCGGCUUUACGGGUGGACUGGUGUUCAUGUACGUCCAGUGCAAAGUCUACAUCCAUCUAUGGAGGAGACUCAAGGCUUACAACCGGGUCAUAUACGUCCAGAACCGACCAGACACGUGUAAAAAGCUGGCGCUGGAGAAGCCCCCUCUCAUGGAGCCGAGUCUGGAGAACAAGGAGGCCCUGGCCCCCACCCAGUCGGACACAAAUUCCUCCCAGUACACAGAGACAGAGGACUACAGUAUGGAGGUGCUCCAUGUCUGACCAAACAGUCCAUGCCAUUGGUUGUCCUACCCAUACUACACACACACACACACACACACACACAAACACACAGACCCACACACACACACACACACUUAGGCCCACCAUGACUGAGGAACGACCAGACGCUCCCCUUCCUGUUAUCAUCAGACUGACGCACUGUCUUCUUCUGGUCAUCUUGUCCUCCCACAGAGACAGACAGACCACGACUAACGUCUUCUAUCCACAUCCCUCCUAUCAGACCUUAUUCUUCCAUCGACCUGUACCCUCAGUCCACACCCUUGCCUCUUUCCUUCCCUAGGACUGGACUGUUUUUACUGACUUCUGUAAAUGUCUGAAGAGGCCUGGAGCAUACCACUCUCUGCGCACACACACACACACACACACACACUCUUGUAUGUACACCUCUAGGAGAGCAGGACUGAGACAAAUGGACUCAUAAACAGCUCCAGGGGUUUACACUUCUCUGAUGCGUGGUUUGUUUGCUUGUGGGUUUGUUAGAUUUGUUUUUACAUCCUGUGAGUCUUGGGCUAACCCUCCGUGGAUCAGUAUGUAGCGCCGCGCAUCGGAUCUCUGGAACAUUCCAGCCACUGCCAUCUCUGUUGCUGUGGUCUGUCAAGUCCGCGCUGGUCUGGAUCCGACCAGGCCUUGAUCUGGACAUGCAUCGAAGCACUUUUGUUUUUUAGUUCCCUUUCUCUAGCUCCUCUCUUCUUUUUUUUUUCUCUAUUAUGAAUUAAGUCUUCUAUGUUAAACAUGGGGGAAAGCACACUCAAAAAAACUUGGAAAUGUUGGUUUCCUGUUUUAUUUGACAUUGCAUUUCUUCAUACACAUAUAUACAUAUAUAUAAACCCUCCCAUGGAUGACAAAAAAGGAACUGGGGUUAAAAAAUGGAAUCGUGCUGAAAGAAACAUUUGGUUGAUGGGUUUUGACUAUGAAAUGUCAGACUCGUAGCUCUAAUGCAGAUAAUGGAAAAUCCAGCCACAUGACUUCUUUACCCCAACAUGAACUUUCUGAAGGCUUUGAGAAUGUAAACUUUUUAAAAAAUGAUUAAAAAAUGAAUAAAAUAUACAAAAAAAAAAAAACAACAUUUUUUACUGGUCACAGGAAAUUGCGAGAUAAUUUCCAUGUCCAUAACAAGAGCCUUUGGGCAUAAACAAAGUCGCUCGUGUUUUUCUAUCAUGCGAAUGACACAGUAUUUACAGUGUGAUAUGUGCAGUUUUUAAUAUGUUGAUUUGUUUGCUUAGUCAUGGGAUAUGCCUUGGGAAAUCUGCAGCUGCCUAUUUUCAGUCUGACCUCCUGUCACUCCCACUGUGCAGGCGGUGCAUUAAUUGAUUCCAAAUAGAUAGUUUGGAUUAAAACACUGGCAGAAUAAGCUUUAGGCACACUUUACAAUCCAUCUCCACAGUUAUGUUAACACACUUUAGCACAGAGUGCAAGGUGCCAGAUGUGAUGUUUCAACAUGACAUUUAGGAUCAUUACCAAGCAUUUCGGAUGAGCAAAAAUCUCAGUUUCAGUGUCUUGUUUCUUCUUGCUGGAGUCUCUCACAUGGUGGAGGAUGUCUAUUUUAGUAUUAAUCACAAGACAGCCAGCAUGUUCCCGCUAAUUUGAUUGAACGUUUUUUUCACAUCUGGCCUUAUGUGGUUUAAAUGACACAAGUUGUUCCAGCACCUUUUUGUUUUUAAUUUCUCAAUAGAAGCACAGUGAAGCACAGCUUAAAUACUGUCACUGCAUUACUCCAACAGUGUAACAUUUUUACUGUAGGUCAUUACAUUCAUCAACAAACAGAUCAUUUAUUUUGCAAUAAAAGCAAUGCAAUACAUCCAUAUGCUUGCUACCUGUGAGACACACAGUCAGCUCAUCACUCAUCGAUGAGCUGACUGGAGCGCCACCUGCUGGUGUGAAGCUGAAGGUGCAGCCUGAGGUGGGCAGGAGCUGAUUUCUGGGGGCGAUGUAUUUUGGGGCUUACAGUCAUUGUAAGUGCUUUUGUGUAUGUGGGAGCACAGCGAUGCCGGGCUCAUGUUGAGCCUCACAGCCAUUCCAGCAACACACACAUUUUUAAAGUCUUUGAUACCAGUGUACUGUCUGUGAACAAUGAUGGUCCAACUACAUACAUACUACAUGACAGUUUCUGCUCAGCAGCAGCAAUAAAUGAAAUCAGCGCUUUGUUUUCUGCAACAGUGCAUACCGUACUUGUGUUACUUGUGUAUAUGCCCCAUGGUGACUUGAGAUCUGGAGUCUAAUACAAUUUUAAUACAUAAUAUGAGCCAAGGGAGUAGUUGUGUGUCAAGUUGGAUUAAGACCUAGUAAUGAGAAGCUUCUCUGAAACUUCAAACCCCACGAGGCUCAGUGCAAUUAGACAGAUAAAAAGUGCAAUUACCCUUUUGUUGUUAUUCUAUUCUAUAGUUAUGUACUGGUGUUUAAUGUCCAGGAUGUCCUCUGGGUAUAAAAAAGUUUUUGUGUUGUAUUUAUUUUUAAAAGAAAACAGAGUACAAUUUGUUCAUUUAAAAAAACCCUUUCAUUAGUAAUUUUAUGCAACUUACACUUUGUUUUUUUUCCCAGGCAUAAAUACCAGAAAAUCACUUCCACUUUGUUUUGCACUUUAGUUUGUCAUUUAGAUAUUAGUGUUGUAAAAAGCUUAAUGUGAGUAUCUGCUCUUUCUUCUUGCUUUUUAAAUUGCUUGCUGAAUUAUGUUUUAAAUAUGCAGAGUAUAGACAUUUAAUCACAGCAUCACAUUUGAAUGUUACUUGUUUUUCACAUAAAACAACAUGGAAUAUUCUGAUGUUUCCAGUUUCUUCAAAAUGGAGGAUUAAAGAUGGACGGUGGAUUGUGCUUUUUCUUUUUUCUUUUUUUUUUACUUUCUACUCAUAGGAGCUGGCUCCUUUCAUGAAGUCUGAGACAGAAGUUUUGAUGUAGUCUUGAUGAAGAUUGAGGCCGCUUUAGGACGCUUUUACAAGCAGGCAUGUUUCUGAGAGCAGCUUUUCUUUCUCACUUUAUUUCUUAGUGUCUCUAUCACCAUGAACUGAUUUCUUCAUUUCCCUUCAAUCCUACUGAGCAGGAUAUCGACUGAGAAUGAAAGGUACUUUCUCAGCCUUUAAGUCUAGAUCUUUCUGUCUUUACCCUGUCUCUUCCACUUUAUCAUGUCUGGGAAUAGUGUAACUUGCAUAAAGCUACAAUUGUUUACUACUGACUGGACUUGAACAUAUAUGACUGUUCCCCUGUCUUAUGAUAUCAUUCCACAAGUUUGUCUGUGAAUUUACUUUGGAAUAGUAACUGUAAAGAAUUUGGUAAAAGUACUUAUGUUUUUAAAAAAAAAUAUUGAUGUGUUUUCAGUUUAAUUCCCAUGUUUGAACAAAGUAUGUAGAGUUUAAAAGAACAACCAAAUAAAAAUUAAGUUACUUUUAA